CUUGCCUUCAAAAACCAACACAAUACACUUUAUUUAUUGUUGUUACUGCUCGAAAAGACUGUUAGUUAGUGCAACUAUCAGGAAAAACGAGAUUUAGAAGGACAAAGUUGAUGGACUUUCCAAAAAAAUAUUUCGUUGUUAUCGUCGCUACAUUUCCAUACGAGCCGAGAUAACAAAACAACGACAACAAAAUUUGUAAAAUGGGAAGUUUGGAACAAACCGAAGAUCUCAAGGCCUUUGAGAGGAGGUUAACUGAAGUAAUUGCUCAAUUACAGCCAGCAACAGGCAGAUGGCGGUUGAUUCUGGUUGUGGUAUCUGUAUGCACUGCCACUGGGGCAUGGAACUGGCUGUGGGAUCCUGACACAUCAAAGGUGACCUUCUUUCAAUCACUCUGCAACCAUCCGUUUUUCACCAUCAGUUGCUUAGCCCUGGUGAUGCUGUUCCUCUGUGGAAUACAUAAAAGAGUCUUACUGCCGUCAAUUAUUGCCUCAAGAUGUCGGACAGUCCUAGCUGAUUAUAAUAUGUCUUGUGAUGAUACGGGGAAAUUGAUCUUGAAGCCAAAGCCCCGUAUCAACAGCCCAUCGACCACAUGACGGUUACCAUGCUGAGGGAUGGGUACCCUCAUUGAACAAUUUAAAGUCAUUUAGUUUGUGUUCAUGAAAAUCAACUGCCCGAGCCUUAACUACUGCGCAAACAAGCGAUUUUUGUUGCUGGGAUCUGCAAUCAUAAUCACUGCUAUGAGCAACAAAAAUAUCUCUUGUUUACGGGUAAAACUGGAAGUCAUUGGGUAAUUUGAUACUGGUCGCAGGUCACUCAAUAAUUCUUGUUGUGGGCACCUGCGAUGACUAUUGCAGAUGAGCAAUUUUUGUUAUUGCACGCGAUCAUGAUUGAAAGUCGUAGUGGUUUAAACCGCUCAUGCCAAGUCAGAUUAGAAACUACAGUAGCACCUCUCUAUUGAGGACACCCUUAGAACUGACUAGUGCUGUCCUUAAUAUGUAAAGAUCAAGCUCUAGUGAACUCACACAACUGUAUGUCCUAGCAGACGAUUUUUAAAUACAUGAUGUCCCACACCCGCACUUCAGUGGCGCCGGUGUGAAUAAAUCUACUUGUGUGAAUGGUCAAUGGCUCAUGAUGUCAUGAAAUAAUUGCGUCACAAGGAAGGAAACAAUGGGAUUCACGUCCGACGUCGUAACUGUGGGUGCGGCGCGUCAUGAAUGCAUGAUCGGCCAACACGCGGCCCAUAUGGAAUGCGACAAACUGUACCGGAACCAGAAUUGUCAUGGGUCUGCACAAAUUUUUUCAGAUUCGAUGGACAUGAUAUAUAUAUGAAUUUUGUUUACACUUUACAUACAGUGUAUACAUACGCAACCAUUACACUCGCUACGUUGUGUGAGUUAUAGAGAACUGUCCUGAUUAAAGAGGUCAAAUUGAAUGGAAACAUCCAAUUUGGGACCAAAGUUAGUGUCCUUAAAAGAGAGUUGUCCGCUGAGAGAGGUUCUACUGUACUUCCUAAUACACAAGCGAUUGCUGUUGCCUAAAUGGCUUGUAUUUACAUCAUUUUAACCAAAUUGAGAGAUGACUUGUUAUAAUACCUUCUGAUAUCUCCACACAGUUAUUGAAUAGUCACUGAGUCAAAUAUUACUUGGAAUAUACAUGUAGCUUUGUUUAACUGAAAUAAUUAGGCAGGUUUUACAAGCUUACAUUUUACAUUUACGAUUACGAUUUGACGACAUCCUGACGCAAAAUUUGGUGCCGACAGAAGACUUGACGCAAUUACGUCAUCGACUGAGGUGAGGCUUCCCGUACGGCUGAAAAUCCUUUGAUCUAUCACUCGAGUUCAACCACCGCUAAAUUACAUAUAUGCGCAAUGCAUUCUUCUUGAAAUUAUGAGAAUAUAUAGGUAAUAUACUCAUAUAAGAGUGUCUAAAAUUCCAAUUGAAUCCAUUCAUCACAAGCUAUAAGACUGAGCUUUGACUAAAUCAUAAUUUCACUUACGCGUAGUAAGCGAUUUACGCGUAAAAAAAUCCCGCA